UAUAACUAUAAUGAAGCACAGGCCGUUUACUGCUAAGAGGCACAAAAUGCCUCUUCAUUUUGCAAUCAGCAACAAAAUGACGUCAGAAGUCCGUUGUUUAAUUGAGGGCGGGUACGACGUGGAUGCACGUGACCAGAAUAAGAGAACUGCCCUUAUGUUGUGUUGUUUGGAAAAUGAUGAACAUUGGUCAGCUGGAGUAACGCGAAUGCUUCUACAGACCGGUGCUGACGCAUCAUUGCGAGAUUUGAACGGGAGGAAUGCCUUAAUGUUUGCCGUCAUCUUCUUGCGAAAGAGUAUUAUAGACAUACUUCUUAUGUCGAUAGACUUCGACGUGAAUGAAAAAGAUGUAAACGGGAGGAGUGCACUUCAUUAUGCCAUUCUUGGAGGGGACGAAUCUGUUAUUAAACGUAUUUCAAAUAUUUGCGGAAAACAAAUUGCUGGGCCUCAAACAAUAUCGCGUAAAGAACAUCCGAUAGACCUCGACUCUUCAUUUGGAAGUGACGUGAAACGAAAGAAUUCGAUAUUUUACAAUCCGACAGUUCCUGUGCGACCAUGCAAAGAAAUUGCCCGGGAUGAGCGCUUAACUGCCAGAAUUCAUAAGUCUAAUUCAGAUAUGAACGUUCAUCAGUUUCGACGUGGUACCAUGCAGAAAUAUUACAGAGGAGCUGCCUGGAAACAUAGGCAUUCAGCUUGUAGCAGUAGAUUUGCAACAGUAUCUUCCUCAAAUCAGAGUAUUUCAAUAGACUUGCCGAACUCAGCAAGAAGAUAUCGCAUGGGUGUUCAAUAUAGCUUUGACAAUACUCGUCAAUAUAAUAGUUGGAAAGCAUACUCUUCUUUUUUCUGGGAUAUUUUGUCAGAGCAGUGUGCUCCCUCUUAUCGUCCAUCAGCAAAACCUAUAACACAAUCGCUUCAACAAGCUCUCGGCCUUCCAGUAAAAGAAGAAAUUUUAGAUGAAGAUGCAGCAUCUGAAGCCGAAACUGUAAGAGGAGUCAAAAAUCAGUUAUCACGCAGAGGCAGUACACCCAAUUCACCUAGCCCAACGUCGUUGGUACAGGGUUUUGCAGAACGAGAUCGCAGACGGUCAGAGGCGAGUCUUGGAAUAACUGCUCAGCAGCUAAAAUCUCUGAAUGAUACUAAAAUUCGUAAUUUACCUAAGUCAGUUGAAGAAAAGUUGAAUUUACUGAACAACUCUAACGGACAACUGCAGCGAUCAAUGUCAGUUUCGAGGUUAAAAGUAGAUGACAUUAAGUUACCCACUAAUGACGAUCAAGUUCAGACUAUCGUUUCACCAUCAAUGCCCACUGAAGAUCUUGCUCCAAAGAAAUCGAAGUCACCUCGAACACCAAUUGUUCGAAAUAGACCUGGUUCUGCUUUACGACAACGCCUCGAUCAAGAAUAUCGAGUACAAAACAAGGCAAAAUCGAUACCAAGUAUUGAGAUUGAUUCUCCAAGCUUGACAACAGAUAAAACUAAAAACAAUGAACCUGAGAUUAGAGAUAGAACCUUGUCACAAUCUAUGAAAACAAUUAAAAAGGAAAAUAUCCCAGCUUCCCCUGACCCAACACCGCCACAGCAAGACGAUAAGCACAGCGACCGUUCAAAGCCAAAUGUUCCGCAAAGGAAACCUGUGAGGAGACCGGAGUCAGUCGUGUUUCGAGACCGGAUUCUUUCUGAUAUAAUGGAAGAAAACGAAAAUACUGUGAAUGCUGGAAGCCUUAAUAAGAAUCCAGCUUUUGACGCGCCGAAAACUAACGACAAGUUGAAUCGUUGCAGACCGACGUCGGCCUAUGUCAGAGGACGGUUGGCGAAUGGAAGAUUGCUAAGAUAACCAGUUUUAGUUUUGUAUUAGGAUUUGUAGAAAAAACAUUUUUUUUAUUGUACUUAUACAUUGUAUUAAGAUUUUAUAGCGUCAAUUUAAAUAUUACUGCAAACGUACGUAUGAUUUGUUUUUAAUUCAUGAUUAUAUUCCGACAUUAUCGUUAUAGUUUAUCGACUGAAUGUUCGUCCUUGAAGCAGUUGUCAAUAAUUGAAAAUACACAAA